AGCCCCCACCGAAAGGUUCUGUACGUGGCAGCGUCGGUCUGAACCCCCUCUCUGUCCUAUUCAUAACCCCUGAGUACCAAGUAAAAUUGCGUCCACAUACUCAAGUGUGAGCUUACAUUUAAAGACCUAAGAGAAUACAGGUCAUUGAAAGAGACAGAAUGGGGAAGUUCAUCUCUCUCGUCCUCUGGGCCCUGCUCUGCUCCUGCUGCUGCUGGACAACACAGGCAGAGAUCUUCACUUCCAUAAGCCAAAUGACAGACCUGAUCUACACAGAGAAAGAGUUGGUCCAGUCGCUGAGUGAAUACAUAAAAGCAGAGGAGUCCAAACUUUCUACAAUACAAAGCUGGGCCAACAAACUAGACGCUCUGACCAAAUUGUCCACCUCAGACCCAGAGGGAUACCUGGCCCACCCAGUGAAUGCCUACAAACUGAUGAAGAGGCUAAACAGGGAGUGGUCUGAACUGGAGUCCCUGGUGCUGCAGAACCCCUCUGAUGGGUUCAUUUCCAACAUGUCCAUACACAGACAGUUCUUCCCAGAUGAAGAGGAUGAGAAGGGUGCAGCCAAGGCGCUUAUGCGUCUUCAGGACACGUACCAACUGGAUUCCGAGGCCUUCUCCAGAGGAAAGCUGCCAGGUAUUCACUCCAAUGUCAUUCUGACGGUGGAGGACUGCUUCGAUAUGGGGAAGACGGCCUAUAAUGACGCAGACUAUUACCAUGCUGUACUGUGGAUGCAGGAGUCCCUAAAGCAGCUGGAUGCCGGGGAGGAAACAGAGGUUUCCAAGGGGGACAUUUUGGACUACCUCAGCUACUCUGUUUACCAAAUGGGAGACCUACCUCGAGCCAUUGAGCUGACACGGCGACUGGUGGCUAUUGAUCCCAGCCACCAGAGGGCAGGAGGAAACCUGCGGUAUUUUGAGCGGUUGCUUACCAAGGAGCUCAAUGAGCUGAAGCAGGAUUACCCACCGGCCUCUGAGGAGCCCAUCCAACUGGGAACCUACAGCAGACCUAAAGACCAUCUCCCAGAGAGAGAGGUCUACGAAGCUCUCUGCAGAGGAGAGGGGCUCCAAAUGAAUGACGUGAGGCGCAGUCGCUUGUACUGCCGCUACCAGGAUGGAGAGAGGAACCCUCGCCUCCUUCUGAAGCCUAUAAAGGAGGAAGAUGAGUGGGACAGCCCCCGCAUUGUACGCUACCUGGACAUUCUGUCACACGAGGAGACUGAGAAGAUUAAGGAGCUGGCCAAACCCAGGCUUGCCAGAGCUACUGUCCGUGACCCGAAAACAGGCGUCCUGACCACAGCCAACUACAGAGUGUCCAAAAGUGCAUGGUUAGAAGAAGAGGAUGACCCUGUGAUUGCCAGAGUCAACCAGAGAAUAGGAGACCUUACUGGCCUCGAAGUAGACACUGCAGAGUUACUACAGGUCGCUAACUAUGGAGUUGGAGGACAGUAUGAGCCACAUUAUGACUUCUCAAGGAAAGAUGAGCCUGAUGCUUUCAAAAGAUUAGGCACUGGAAAUCGUGUGGCAACUUUUUUAAAUUACAUGAGCGAUGUGGAGGCAGGAGGAGCCACGGUCUUCCCUGACUUCGGAGCAGCUAUCUGGCCUAGAAAGGGGACGGCAGUUUUUUGGUACAAUCUUUUCAAGAGUGGGGAGGGAGACUAUAGGACCAGACAUGCAGCCUGUCCCGUCUUAGUAGGAAGUAAAUGGGUGUCAAAUAAGUGGAUUCACGAACGAGGACAAGAGUUCAGGAGACCCUGUGGCCUGACAGAAGUGGACUGAAGUCACACGCACACGCACUUAACUAACAUGCAAAAACACACAAACUAUAAACACACCCUCAGUAGUGCCUUAAGUCUGUCAAUUACGCAACUCAUAGACACACAACUCAACACCUGGUGCUUUCUGCCUCUACUUGUCUACGUCGUAAAAACUUUUUUUAUGAGGAAUUAUAUCAGCCUUAUGUGCCAAGAGGUACAUAACACAUGUAUUCCCACACCCUCCCUAUUAAAGUGAAUAAGGAAUAGGGUAAAAUGCGUUUGUAAAACUAAUUCCUUAAUCAAUACAAAACUAUGUCAGUGCAAUGAUGGUUUGCCAACAAACACCCAUUUUGCAGUCACUAAUAUCUAAGUAUUUAAAAAUAAGUAAUAAGCAGUUCCAAAUAUGAGUUCUCUACCAAAUCUUUAUUUUUUUUACUGAUACCAAAAAACAAAUAUUAUUUGUUUAACGUCGUAGCCCUCCAUACUGCUCCAUUCACACAAUAAGAAGAGUGUAACUUUAAAAAAAUGUAAAUCGUUAUUUAUUUAGCUAAUAUCCUAGCUGUUGAAAACAUACAUCAAAACAUACAGUUGGUGUUUUAAAGUCCUUACCAAAAUGAUGUCGGAGUAGGUCAGAUUCAGAUUGCAAUGCCAUAGGCAUAUUAAUUAAAGGGAAGCAAUAGAUUCAUUUUCACAUAUUUCUGAAAAAUUACCCAAGCUGAGUCUAGAAAAAUGACCUUUCUUUCAAUGAUUUUGUGACUUAGACGUUAUGACCUAACUGUAGACUCUGUACUAUAUUCAGACAGUACAAAGAACAUCAGUUGAUGAUUACCCAAUGGAAACACAUUUUUUCGUUUACAUUUUUAAGCAAAUUUUUGGGUAGGACUGAAGUCAUGUUCAUAAAUAUUUGGCUGCCAAGUAUCAGGAAAGUGUUUUUUACAAAAAGCUUUGAGCUGCUAUUGGCUAUAUCUAAUAUCAUUUAAGAAAAACGAACUCUUUUCAUACAGUAUACUACUUUCAUUUUGUAGACAUAAAAAGGCUUUACUCUAUCUUCAUUUACACAUAUACUUGAUUAAAUGCUCCUGACACUCUGGUUGUUAUAGUUUGCUUUAAAGUGUGUUAUUUUUCUUUUAACCUGACAGAUAAAACAAUUCCUCUUCAACAUAUCCAUGAUGUUUUAUUUAUGUAGUGUUUAAAUUAUUUAGUUUAUUCAGUUACAUGUUGUGCUCUUUGGUCAAGCUGGCAAACAACCAAGUCUAAAUAAACUGUGUCUUGUAUUAAA